CUGUUCUGAUACACGUGGAAACCAUCGGUUCCAUCUUCUCCCUUCCUCUUCACACGGUCCGGUAAACUGCCAUAAGGGAGCCGAAAAAUAACGGGACACCCACACCUUUUUUCUCCACUACAGUAUUUUUCUUUCGGGUGGUGAAUUCCGUGUUCGUGUUGAAUUAGCUGAGAUGAGACAGCGCAACUGUAAUUUGUUGUCUUGGAUGAGCCGUGUCAGAAAAUGCAGUAUGAGAUGACAUCGGCAGUGAAAAGAAUAGCGUGAUAUAUUUUGUUUAGAUCUGAAAUGAGCACUAUUGAUAAUGUGCGAUCUGUUUGAUGACAUUUUGUGAAGAACUGAAAGCGUUUCGACCGAUUAGACCCAGUGUUGGGAGACACUUACAACGACAACGACACUGGAUUUGGGCGCUUAUCACAAAUGACAGACGUCUCUUUCUUAUUACGCUAUAUUCCAUAUAUUGACCAUGUUUGAUUAGACUACAGUCUAUAUUUUUAGAUGAUCUUGAAUAGAUAUAAUCGCGAUUGAAUAGAAAUCAUUGUGCCCCUUCAAAGCACUGCAAAGAGCAUAGGCUACCCCUUUUUUGUGAUGCAACGAUGAGCUUUCAUAACGGCAAAUCGGCACAAUGUACUAGUAACUACUAGUCUAUUACGCUACUAUUUAUUUUGAACACAUUUUUAUAAAACAUAGAAGAAAAGUAAAUGAACAUUGCACAGCUAAAUCAUUUAAAUAAAAUCAUGGAUUAUUGAUCUCCAAACUGGAGGCACAAUACAUUUGAUUUUAUUGCCUGAACAGUCUGAACAGACACAAUUUCCCUCCAGUAAAACUGAGAGCAGAACGUCUCUGUAAUGUUGGACAUUAAAAUGAAGGAGGAGUGUCGGAUCUGCGCCCGCGAGCUCUGUGGUAAUCAGCGGCGAUGGAUCUUCCACCCGGCAUCCAAACUCAACCUGCAGGUGCUGCUGUCCCACGCCCUGGGCAGAGAGCUGACCCGUGAUGGCCGGGGGGAGUUUGCCUGUUCCAAGUGUGCCUUCAUGCUGGACCGCAUGUACCGCUUCGACACGGUGAUCGCCCGCGUGGAGGCUCUGUCCCUGGAGCGCCUGCACAAGCUGCUGCUGGAGAAGGACCGGCUGAGACAGGGUAUAGGAGGCUUGUACUGGAAGAACAACACCGAGGACCAGACCCAGGAUCAGACUGGGAUGGGAAUGGGGAUAGGGCUAGGGGGUACUGGGGCUGGAGGGACAGAGAGUGGUGGGCGGUCUGAGGGUGACUCCCCUGUGGUGGACCUCUCAGCCCUGCAGGAGGCCAGUUACAGCUCCCUGCUUCAGGGCGACCUGGCCUAUUCUGUGUACGAGUCCUGGGCCGACCACGAGGACCAGCAGAGUCCGGCCCCGGAUCACCAGCACCACACCCAGCAUCAUCACCCUCAAUGCUCAGGAUCAGAGACUCUGUCUGGGCAUCGCUCCAGGCGGUGCAGAGGGUGUGCGGCUCUCCGUGUGGCCGACUCUGACUACGAGGCCGUGUGUAAGGUGCCUCGGCUGUUAGGCAGGAGGAGCACGUCGUGUGAACCCUCCACCCGCUACUCAGGCAGUGCCAUGGGGGGUGAGGAGACCUCCACAGGGUCAGAGUCCACGCCUGUCCCCUCCGAAUCCCCUCCCAUGGGGCCAGAGAGCGACAGGACCCUGUGCGAUGGGGACACAGAGAGGAUAACCCUCAGCCCGGGCUCAUCGAUAGAAUCUCAGGACACAGCCGUGGACGUGGCUCAGCCCUGCACCGCUCACCAAGUUGGGGAAGAGGAAGAGCAGAGAGAGGGAGGAGAGAAGGACCCAGGGAGCGAUCAGAGGAGGGACCCUCGUCUCCAGGGGGAUGAUGCCCCCAGGGAGGGGUCCGUCUCUGGGUUGACCAUGGAGCUGGCUCUAAGUCUAGUGAGGAUCUGGGAGUACAGACCUCUAAAAUCCCCUCAAGGCAGCAAGCUCCCUAUCCUGGUCAAACCCAAACUGGAGACGGGCCUCCCUGGGCUCCCCCUGUCCCUCAGAACCCCAGACUAUGACCUCUACUCCCACCCUGCUAUCCCAGAGCUGGUGAGCCCCAGCAGUCAGCAGGAGCUGCAGACAGAGCUGUCAGAGAUGGAGGAGCAGUGGCUUGAUGACUAUGUGCAGUGUGGCCCCUUCUGCUUCCAGCAGAGGCUGCUAGAUGAACAGCAAGGCCAGCUUCAUCAGUAUGAGACUGCUGCAAGUCAGUGUGUUACUGAACUCCAGGAGGCCCAGCUCCAGGUCCACUCUCUACAGGCCAAGAUCAGAGAGAGCGAGGCCAGGAACCAGAAGCUGCAGGUGCGACUCGGGGACAUGGAGUGUGAGCUGCGCUUGGUCAGAGAGAAGGCCCAGAGACAGGAACGAAACGUCCUCAACCUCACUGACACUGUCAACAGCAAGGAGACUGAGGCAGCAGAGUUGUACCGGGUCAUAGAGGAGCAGAAUAACGUGCUGUGUUCUUUGAAAGAGCUGGCCAACAGAACCCAGCUCCAGACACUACAGGUGUCUGGGGCAGAGUUAGUGCGAGGGCAGGGGGAGGUGCUGGCCCUCCAGGGCUCUCUGUUCCAGGCCCAGCUGGAGCUGCAGGAAGGCCAGAGAGCCCAGCGUCAGGCCACCAGGAGGGAGGAGGACCUCACCAGAGCCCUGCACCGCCUGGAGACAGACCUACAGGGAGUCAUGGAGCACAGACACAGUACUGAGAGACACAACCAGGACUUGCAUCUGGUGCUUGAGAAAGCUCGAUCAGAGCUGCAGCGGAAAGAGGAACAGCUGAAAGAGAAGAAGGGAGAGAGACGGAGAGAGGAGGAGGAGAGGGAGAAGAGCAUCCGAGAGCUGAGGACCUCGCUACAGACCAAAGAGCAGCUGUUGCAGGAGUACUCUGAGUUGUUGGACCAACAGCAGGAGCCCAGGGAGAAGAGAGACACUCUCCUCACCAAACUGAAAGAUCGCAUCAAGGACAGGGACAGAGCACUGGAGCGAGCGGUGGAUGAGAAGUUCCGCUGUGUGGAGGAGAAGGAGGGAGAGAUGCGUCGGCUACAGCUUCUUCUCAGAGAGAAAGAGAGAGACCUGGAGAGACAACACUGUGUACUGUCCAACAACGAAGAGACCAUCACGAGUCUGGAAGUGCUGGUGCGUGGGAAGGGUUUGGAGCUGGAGCAGGUGUGUGAGGCAUGGAGGAGUGUACAGCGCCACCAUGAGGGCAGGGAGGAGAGACACAGCCGCAGCUUGAGAGAGAGAGAUGCACUCAUCAGCCAGCUACAGAACGCCCUGCACACACGUACCAAUGAGGCUGAGGACCUGACUGGAGCCCUGCUAGGUAAGGUGAAGGCAGGUCCCAGUGAGGUGGUGGAGGAGCUGAAGGCUCGCCUCUCUCUGAAGGAGAAACUGUUCCAGGAACUGCUGUCCGACCGCGGCCGCCAGGCCCAGGAGCAUCACUCACAGGUCCAGGACCUGCUCAACACCAUCGGCACCAGAGACCAGUACAUCCAGGAAUCGGCAGGUCGUCUGGGUGAGGUGAUGAGUGAGCAGACUGUACGUCUCCAGGAGCUCCGCAGACAGCUAACCUCUUGCUCCCUGGCCUACGGGUCUCAGCUAGACCUCCAGGGUCCAGACUUCCAGGGGACCAGCCAGGACCUCCUGGCCUUGCAGGAGGAACUGCGUCUGGCUCUGAGGAGGGAGAGGGAGGCCCAGGCUGAGCUCACGGCCCUCAGGACCCAGGGCACUGCCAGGCCAGCUGACAGGCAGGCAGAGUUUGAAGAAUUCAGCUCGAAGGACAAUGAUAAUGUUGAGGUCAACAGUAACUAUGCAGAGAGCAUGGAGGAAGAGGACUCCAAACUGACAGCUCGAACCCUAGCCACCAUGCAGAACUCUGGAGGACCUGGGAAGGGGAAGCUAUCCCAGGAGGCAGUGGGAGAGGCCCAGGGGCUGGUGGAGGUGAAGCAGCUGGUGCAACAGAAGAGGGUGGUGGAGAGAGAGCUGCAGGAGCUCAAGGCUCAGCUGGAGAAGGCUGGCUUCUCCUCCCUGUCCGGGAUGAGGAAAGCCCUCUUCAGCCUACGCAUGGAGAACACGGAGUUGAGGUCUCACCAGACAGAGAGACAGUCAGAGACAGACCCCAGGGAUGAACAGAUAUUCCUGGAAGAAGGGAGGGAUAAAGAAAAGCUGGAUGUGGAGGAGGAGGAAGAGCAACUGUGUGGGGUUGAUCGAUCUGAUGGCUGGGAGGAUGAGCGUCUGUCCCAGGGGAAGCACUGUGCCCCCAGGCCCACCUUGAGAGACCCUGGCCUGGGGAAGAGACACUGCACUAGGCCUGUCUCUCUGGACCCGGGAGCCCUGCUGUCCCACCCCACACAGGAAGGGGAAGGCAUCACACCAAAUUAUACUCUAAUAACGCGUGCUACUGUAUGUAUGGGUGAUGACGAGGAGGAGGCAGGAGGAGGAGAAGCUGGAGACCGGAAGCAGAGCCCCACAGAAACAGUGAUGGUUGAGAAUGCGGUGCGGCUCCGGCUGGAGAGCAAGGAGCUGCAGGAGAGACUCAUGGUUUCUGAGGCCACUGUGGAGGCUCAGGCUGAACAGCUCAAAGACUACAGAGAUCUCCUGAUGGAGACGUCUGUGCAGCAGGACAGUAAGCAGGUCCAGGUGGAUCUACAGGACAUGGGCUAUGAGACGUGUGGUCGCAGUGAGAACGAGGCUGAGAGGGAAGAGACCAGCAGCCCAGAGUUUGACGAUCUGGAGAUGUGCACGUCUCUGGAAUGCGGCGGCUCCCAGUGGUGGUCAGGCGUUGUGCAUCCUGGGAAGGCCAGUCCUCCAACAUCAACCUCCGAGGCUGAUGACUUGACAUCUCUCCAGCGAUUGGUGGAGGACCUGCGCUCGCAACUCUCCCGCUCCCAGAUGGUGAUCCGGAGCCUCCAGGGCCGCCUGCGCUCCCUCUCCACCUCCGGUGACCCCUUCGGCCCCUCCAACAGUCCCUCCACCCCCCGCAAGGUCAAUUGGGCCAUCCAGUUCCAGUCCUCGCCUUCCCAGAGCGGCCUGGAUGAGGACGAGGGCUGGGAGUCGUCUGGUGGGGGUCUAGGGCCCUCCUCACAUCACCCCAAACCCGACAAGGAUCUCCAGGAGCUGGUGUUUCGCGUGGGAGCCCUGGAGGACCAGCUGAGGAAGGGCAAAGGGACCCAAGCAGGGACUCCAGGGCUCCCUGCAGAGGGAAAGGCUUCCAUCUGGCCUGGGCCYGGGAAGUUUGAUACCCUAAUACAGGCGCAGGCCCGUGAGCUGUCGCACCUGCGCCAGAGGAUGCGAGAGGGGCGUGGCGUGUGCCACAUCCUGACCCAGCAGCUGGGCGACACCACCAAGGCCUUUGAGGAGCUGCUGCGUGCCAAUGACGUUGACUACUACAUGGGCCAGAGCUUCAGAGAGCAGCUGGCGCAGAGCAGCGCCCUGGCACAGAGAGUCAGCACCAAGAUCAGCGGACGUGAGUGGAGAGGGGAUCAUCCAGAGAUUCAUGAUGACAAGACUGGCACAGAGCUGCUCGCCAUACGGCUGAGUAAGGAACUCCAACAGAAGGAUAAGGUCAUUGAGUCUCUCCAAGGCAAACUCAACCAGCGCCAGCCUCGUUCUGACACACCCUGCAGUAGCCRUGCCCUCUCCGACACCACCGACCAAUCAGACCGCAUCUCAUUUGUGUCUGAUGAUCAGGGCUCCACCAAUGAGGRGCUGGAGCUGUGCUCGGACGUAGACGCAGCCAGCGAGUAUGGCCAGGAGGACAGACGCGCCUCCCCUAGAGCUAGUACAGAUUCUCACUGUAGCAGUGUACCCAUGUCACGCCACCCCUCCACCCCUCCGUCCAACACUUCAUCCCACGGACACCAGUCCUCCAUCAGCUGUCUCAGCAGGCAGCCGUCAGGGGACACACAGACACAGACAGGUUUUUCAGUUCCUUCAGCCAAGCCGUUUGUUGGCUUCCAGAUGUCGGCACAUCCCUCCAGUUACCUGCCCCAGCCUCUGUCCUACCAUACCUUCCACCCGUCUCCUCACAGUGGCCCCAUGAAGGCAGGCACCAGCCUCCUGGAGAGCAGUGCAAUGUGGGACAUGGCUUACGGCGCUCAGCCAAUUAGAAUUGGCGCUGCUGAUUUGUCAUCAGGGUCGUCAGGAUACCAGUCUGGCACCAGCCAUACAGGUUCUGACCUAUUGAAGGAGCAGCUGAGGGAGAUCAGGAGUCUACGUCAACGCCUGGAGGAUUCCAUCCAGACCAAUGACCGCCUCCGACAGCAGCUGGAGGAUUCCAUCCAAACCAAUGACCGCCUCCGGCAGCAGCUGGAGGAGAGACUGGUCAACCAAGCCAGAGACAAAGGUGCCCCCAMCAACAUCUACAUCCAGGGCUUGGACUCUGUCAGCCAGCUUUCCAGUGAGAUCAGAGCUCUGAAAGAGGAGAACCUCAGCCUGCAGGCCCGACUCCAACAGGCCAGCAGAGACAGCAGUAAGGAGGCGGAACAGCUGCGGGAGGCGUUGCUGUUGGGGCGUGUCCGUGUAAAGGAGGCAGAGUUAGAGACCGAGCGGUGGGCGGAGCAGGGCAGGAAGCUGCAGAAGCAGACACAGGCUCAGACCCUGGAGAUCACCCAGCUGAAACAGGACAGGCAGAACGACCAGGAGGCCAUCAAAAGGUUGCAGCACGAGGUGAAUGUCUUUGAGCAGCAGGUGUGUGAGAGCUGUGGCCUUAUCCACUCUCUACAGUAUAAGCUCCAGAUGUACCACAGAGUGUGUGGCGUCCCCAAGAAUACACAUACAGGUGAGGGGUCACACUCAGGGGAGUCUGCGCCCUUUGACCCCAGRGACCUGCAUGUUCMGCUGGGGCAGCAGUUGACCUCUGCGACAUGCCCUCCUGGAGCGAGGAGACAGCUCUUCCACGACCCGGCUCUCUCUCCCCGUGUCCGAGAGACUGGACUCUUGAGCCCUGCUUCCCMUCUCUCCCCCACACUGGAACCCCAGGAGGCUGACUCUUCUCUGGAGGGCCAAGCCCCAGACGGCUCUUUUACAAACCGUAAUGGCCGCCACGCUGUGGGGCAUGUUGAUGACUUCCAUGCCCUACAGCAGCAGAUCCUGGAGGGACACGUCCUCAUCGGCAACAUGGAGACUGCCCUCCAGGCCACUGCCAACCAUGCCCUGCUGGAGCUCAGCCUGGAUAAGGCUGCGCACCCUGGCUUGGCGAGUAGACUGCUGACUAGCACUAAGACCCUGCGGCAGAUCCUUGAGGAAGCCAACUCCUUGCUCAGAAUGUUCUGGAGGGCAGCCCUGCCCAGUUGUGAGGGGUACCCUCAAAGCACCAAGGAGCUGUCUCUAAAGGAUGAGGUCCACACGCUCCGUCAGCGGGUCUCACAGCAGGAGGAGGCUCUAAGGGACGCCAUGGAGACACUGAAGAGCUCCAACCGCACCAAAGACAGCAUGGAACACUUCAUCGUCAGCCAACUGUCGACAACAAAGGAUGUCUUGAAGAAGGCACGGACAAAUUUAGAGGUGAAAUCCCAAGAGGCUUCUGCGAGCUCAUCCAUUCUGCUGGUUCGGGUGUUGUGAAGCAACAGAUAAAGGCUCCAUCACCCAGAACUCCUACCGUGGCCCAGUAAUACCCAGGGUCUGACCCAGGGGGUUAACAGACUGCACCCUCCACAGCCAGCCUCUUUGUGAUGCACCAGCUUCAGCGUCCUCCUAAUACUGGGAGACAGGACAGGACUCUUCCUGUUUAAAAGGAAACAAAGUACAUAACAGGUCUCUGGUUAAAUAGGGGGGACACUACAGUUGAGGGGAGACUGUCUGAUAGUCAGUAGAGGUUCAACCAAGUGCUCUCUGUGAUGUUUAUGAACGUCAACGAUUGCCUAUCUCAGGUGUUAUGUAUAGCUUUUGUAGGUGCUACAAAGGUUUCUCAACUGAAGUGUUUCCCCUAUUUUACCUGAUAUACAGUACCAGUCAAAAGUUUGGACACACCUACUCCUUCAAAAGUUCUUUAUUUUUACUAUUUU